UCAUCAUCUUAUCUCCUUAUAAAUAACGUGUCAAAGAUCAUCUUCAAAUACUUAAUUCAUGCCAUAUAAAUACGCAAUUUUGCAACAAUUCCAUUACAUUAUACAUAACCAUGGCGAUUACAUACACAACCGUUCUGAUUCAAUCCCUAUUCCUCUUCUUUUUUCUCUGCAAUCCUGUAAGCUGCGACGACAGAGAAUCAUACUCUAAUCGACUUCGCGGUCGAUCUACCGGCUGUUUGCGCACAAAAAACGCUACAAUUUCCUUUCAGAAUAAUGUAAUUACUCUUUUCUCUGAUUUCAAUCGCCAAUCUUCCUCAAUCGGCUUCUACAAUAACAGCAUAGGAGACAUUCCGGAUAGAGUCUAUGGCUACUAUAUGUGCCGAGGUGAUGUUAGCAACGGAAUUUGCAACAAUUGUAUUAUUAAUGGCACGAAAAUGGCUAUGGAUUUCGAUUGCGAUUAUGUCGAUGGAGAUUUUGAAUCGGAGUUAUGCAUAUUCCGAUAUUCAAACCAUAAUAUGUACGGACUGUUAGAGAUGAACUUAACAUCGACAUUUGAUUACCUCGAUUUAAACAUUUCAAAUUAUCAGCAGUUUAAUCGGAGUUUAUCGACAACAUUAGAAGCUGUGAUUAAUGAGGCUGCUUUUGGUAGUGCUAACAAUGGUGCUUCUUCUAGAUUAGGUUUUGCUACGAAAGAAGGCAUUGUUUCGAGUAACGAGACGAUAUAUGCACUGGCUCAAUGCACACCUGAUAUUGUUGGAGUUAAUUGUAGUCGGUGUUUACGUUCUGCAUUUAAUCGAAUUAAAGGACGAGCUCCAGCUGCAGUUUCUACCAUGGCUUAUAAAUGUCAUCUUCGUUUUGAUAAUGUUUCGUUUUAUGAUCUUGGAAUGUCUAAUGAUAGUGCAGGGAAGCAACUUGGAUCUUCUCAACUUUUCGGCUUAUUCUCCCUUAUGUUGUUUAUGUUGGGAUAGGGAUUUAGGAUAUUAGGAAUUUGGAUUAAACAUUGUGUAAGUACAUGGUAGAUGUACAUAUUUAUGUGGUAAUCAUGUAAAUUUGAUAUGAUAUAGAAGUAUUAUGUUGGGAUUAAUAUGUAUGGGCUAAUGGUGUAUAGUAGUAUUGAGCUUGAGUAAUUAGGUUAGCCCAUUUUCUAUAUUCUUGAUUGUGUAAUGUAUUGCUUUUUUUUUUUUUUUUAAUUUUAUCUAUAUAUUUAAAGGAAUAUUUACAAGCC